UUUGUGAUGAUAACAAGCGUAAGCUCGUUGUGUCGGUCGAGUAAAACAGUGAAAUAAUUAUAAAUGGGUCUCUUUUUUUAUCGCUCAGAGAAAUUAGGAGCGGUGUACUCUUUCUCUUUUUGGGACAAAAUCGGAUGUUGAGCGGUUUGGAAAAAUGUAACGUCUUUUUAUCGUGAACAUAAACAGACAUGAUGGACAUUGUCUGGCAGCACCGAGGUAAAGGCCGAUAAGUUUGGGAUACAUUACCAUGGGUUUGGUGAAUCUUGUUAUCUCCACUGUAGGAAAAUGUCUGGACGUCGUGUGUUUGCUGCUGGACCUGAACUUUGUCAUCGUCCACACGGUGGUCCGGACGGUGCUGGCGGUGGUGUCCUUCAUAAACAGCCUGCCUUCACUCCUCCUCUGCUCGGUGCUGGAGUUGGGGAACUUUGCUGUGUUUUGUCUGGUGUCUGCGGCAGAGGCUACUUCCAACCUAGCCCAGGGUUCAGUCACCAUGCUGGGGAGCCUGGGCCUGGUUCUGGAGGGGCUGCUGGAGAGCCUGAAGAUGGUGGGUUACCUGUUCAUGCACGUCCUGCUCAGAGGGAGGGACCACCUGUGUAGAGGUCUGCUGUCCUUGGGGGAGGGCUGUGGGAUCGCUGUCAGCCUGGUGGUCUACUUCAUCAACACCGUGGUCAACUAUGCACUGAUCACCACCCAGAACCUGUACCUGGGGGUGGUCAGUAUGUGGCAGACAGUAUCCAGUCCACUGCAGAAGGUGCUGGAACUGGCCCUCACCUCCAUCACCUUUCUGUACAGCAGUUUGCUUGGGACGUCGGCUUUCCUGUGGUCUCCUUGUAAACUGGUUUUAGACUUUCUGGUCUCACUGGUGCACAUGUUCAUCAGCAUCUUCAUACUGAAUAUCUACGGUCUCAUGCUCACUGCUGCCAUUGCAGUAGCCACCACAGUUUACUUAAACCCAGAGCAGGCCCGACAGGCAGCUGUGCAUUUUGUGGAUUACAUCAACUCUUUUCCCACUCUUCGUAACCUGAACCUGGCUCUGCAGUACCUCGUAUCAGCCUUGCGGACCACCCCACAAUAUCUACAUGGUACCAUGCAGCGCCUACAAAGGAUACUCCAUCACCUUUACCUUCUGGAGAGAGGACUUUGGCAGCAGCUGUCCCGACAUAGUAGCCAGUUAGGCCUGCUGCUGAGGGCUCAUCUCCACAGGGACAACAACAGAACAGGGGGUGAUGGUGACCCUGGUGCAGAGGAGAGGCGGGACCCACCAGACGGGAGAGCCAAUGAUGUAGCCCAUCAAGAGAUGCUAGAUUUAGCCUUACCCUCCUGUAGUACAGACAGACCACUGAUGAAACAAAGCAAAGACAGUAAACCUUUACCGGCUGAGGAGCUGCUAAAUCUGCUGAAGGAGCAAGAGGAGAGGAAGAAGUGUGUAAUCUGCCAGGACUGUACCAAGACGGUGGUGUUGCUGCCAUGCAGACACCUCUGCUUGUGUAAAGACUGUAAGGACAUCCUGUUAAGACAACCUAUAUCCCAACAGAACUGCCCGCUCUGUCGGCACAUGAUCCUCAGCACCAUGGAUGUGUAUCUGUGAAUGUGGAUCUGUGGGUGUCUGACUGUUUUAGCACCACAAAGGUGGAGGGCAUUCAUUCCAAAAUGCUCAGUGUUAGGGAUGCACCGAUUGGAAAAUUCUUGGCUAGUAACGUUAUUUUAAAUGAUAUUUUGGCCAAUAACUGAUGCUGAUACCAAUGCAAAUUUUUUUCCCAUUGUUAUUAUUAUUGUCAUUAUUAUUAUUUUUUAAAUUACCCCAUUUAUGAAUAAAUCUUCAUUAUAAAUACAAAAAUAGUCAUUAUUUCAAAGUUAUCCUUGAAUGAACACACAUUUAAUCAUACAAAUUGA